UGCAGAAGGAAGGAAAAUAAGGGCACAUUCGGCACUCGGGAGAGGUCCCAUUUUUUCCUCUCUCACCAAUUCCUCCCCGGGUCCGGGCCGAGCCGCCGUUCCAAUCCGGUGGCCACCGCUUACGCCGCCUCUCUUGCCUCCGCUCCCGUUCGCGGCCCCCGCUCCCACACUUCGCCGCCUGCUAGCGCUCCAGUUUGAUGCUGAUGAGACCUGAUCCCACCGUUGGGUAGGUUCCUGCGCGCGGAAAGAAGAAAGAACUCGUCGUGGGUCCGGGUCCGCAAGAGCAAGACCCUAGGUGUUCGUCAGCAGCGAGGAUGCCCGGCCUGCCUCUGCCUCAACCGAUAAAUCAGAAUAUUGGACGUGAAUAUGCUUAUCCUGGGUCUACAGGCCAGGCCUUCCAUCAGCAGCUAAGAACUGCAUUGUCUCCGGAUGAGAAACUUGCUGCUGAAAGAGAUUUGGCUCUGUAUUGCAAGCCAGUCGAGCUCUACAAUAUUAUUCAACGGCGAGCCCUGAAAAACCCCCUUUUUAUUCAAAGAUGCCUUCUUUACAAUAUACACGCGAGGAGAAAAAAGAGGAUUCAGAUAACCAUAUCACUUUCUAGAAGUACAAAUACUGAGUUGCAAGCACAUUAUAUCUUUCCUCUUUAUGUUCUGUUAGCUAGACCUACUAGUAACCUUUCACUUGAAGGGCAUUCUCCAAUUUAUCGAUUCAGUCGGGUUCACUUGCUUACUUCUUUUAGUGAACUUGGAAAUAAGGACAACAGUGAAGCCACAUUCAUCAUUCCUGAUGUGAAGAGUUUGUCAACCUCCCAUCCUUGCAACCUUGACAUUAUCUUUAUUAGCUGUGGGCAAGUCGGACAAAGUAAUGGUGAAGACAACUGCUCUGGAAACCAUGUGGAAGGUUCUUCUCUCCAGAUGUUUGAAGGGAAAUGCUCCUGGGGUAAAAUACCGACUAAUUUACUUGCUUCGUCUUUGGAGAGUUGUGUCAAUUUAAGUUUGGGACAUAUUGUGGAGUUGGCAUCUAAAGUUACAAUGAGACCAAGCUUCUUAGAGCCAAAACUUCUGGAGCAAGACAGUUGCUUGACAUUUUGCUCUCAUAAGGUUGAUGCUGCGGGUUCAUAUCAGCUACAACUAUGCAUGUCCGCACAAGAGGCUGGUGCAAGAGACAUGUCUUUGUCUCCAUAUAGUAGUUACUCAUAUGAUGAUGUCCCACCUUCGUCAUUAUCAGAUAUCAUAAGGUUAAGAUCUGGGAAUGUACUUUUUAAUUACAAGUACUACAAUAAUACGAUGCAAGAGACUGAAGUCACUGAAGAUUUCUCUUGUCCAUUUUGCUAUGUACGAUGUGGAAGCUUCAAGGGUCUGGGAUGCCAUUUAAACUCAUCGCAUGACCUAUUCCACUAUGAGUUUUGGAUAUCUGAAUCGUACCAGGUUGUUAAUGUUAGUCUGAAGGCCGAUGCUUGGAGAACCGAGCUUAUUGCUGAGGGCGUUGAUCCGAGGCAUCAAACGUUUUCUUACCGCUCAAGGUUUAAGAAGCGUAGACGAUCAAAGACCACAACUGAGAAAAUCAGGCAUGUACAUUCACAUAUUAUGGAAUCAGGGUCACCUGAAGAUGCCCAGGCAGGAUCUGAGGACAACUGUGUGCAAGGGGAGAAUGGGACUUCUGUAGCAAAUGCUUCGAUUGAUCCUGCUCAGUCUUUACAUGGCAGCAAUCUUUCACCACCAACAGUACUACAGUUUGGGAAGACGAGGAAGCUAUCUGAGCGAGCUGACCCUAGAAAUCGGCAGCUCUUGCAAAAACGGCAGUUCUUCCAUUCUCACAGAGCGCAGCCAAUGGCACUGGAACAAGUGUUCUCGGACCGUGAUAGUGAAGAUGAAGUUGAUGAUGAUAUUGCUGACUUUGAGGAUAGAAGAAUGCUUGAUGAUUUUGUUGAUGUUACAAAAGAUGAAAAACUUAUUAUGCAUAUGUGGAAUUCAUUUGUUCGAAAACAAAGAGUGCUAGCGGAUGGUCAUAUACCUUGGGCCUGUGAGGCAUUCUCUCAGUUGCAUGGACGACAACUUGUACAGAACCCUGCUCAACUGUGGGGCUGGCGUUUCUUCAUGAUUAAACUUUGGAACCACAACAUUUUAGAUGCCCGUACCAUGAACACGUGCAACACAGUCCUUCAAAGUUUCCAAGAAGAAAGCACAGGUCUAAAGUAAUUUCGAUGCGUCAGACGAAAGAUUUAAGGGAACAAGAUUUUAUAGUUUCCAAGAAGAAAGUAACUUUUUAAUGAUCGUUUCAUUCAAAACUGCUGUCGAUUGUAUUAAUUCUUGUUGAAAAGAGACGUAGCCGGUUUAAUUUCCAAACUAUAAUAUUCUGGAUAAUACUUGAAUUUGACGAAUAUUUAAUGUUAUUUCAUUUAGAGUUAUUGUAUCGA